GUGAGCCUCACUGGGCCUGGUGGGUCGCGAAAUAAGGCAAGAAGCGUAGUAGUUGUGAUGAGAGUUCCCUAGGACACACACACCUGUGCUGGCACGGGGCAAUACACCUGUUUAUAUACUCCAUUACCCUUUUACUUUCGUCAGAGGCUGUCCAUAUAAAUUUUAGAAAUUGUGGGCGGUCAACAAAAUUCACCACGAUGUCUAUCAUCAUAGACGAAGAGGAGUUCAAGGAGAAACUUAUCCGGAACAUGAAGAAGGAGGUGAAGCAGAUCAUGGAGGAGGCUGUCACUCGCAAGUUUGUUCACGAGGAAAGUAGCACCAUUACCUCCCUAUGUGGCGCGGUAGAGGCGUGUCUCUCACAUGGACUAAAGCGACGCACGCUGGGGCUCUUCAAGACUUCCUCUACCACUGCCCUCAUACACAAGGUGGGCAAGUGCUUCCAACCCGCCGCCAACGUCUCCAAGAUCGUCCAGGAGAUAGAGUCUUCAGAUAUUGGCAGACGCAGCAGUGGCAGUGGAGACUCCAGUUCACGUCUGGGCAAGCCUCCACUGGUGAAGAAGAACUCUGGCUCUGGUACCAGUGGCUGUAGCAGCCCCCCCAGGUAUCUGUGGAUCCGUGUUGCGCUCUUCGAGAAGGUACUGGCCAAGAUCAUCGACUACCUAGUGCAGAACAGCAACAAAUAUUAUGAAAAAGAUUCACUGGUAGCAGAUCCAGACUAUGGUACCAUCCUGAGCUCCCUCUUAGUUGGCCCCUGUGCCCUAGACUUCAGCAGGAUGAAGACUGUUGACCACCUGUGGACAGAUCCGCCAGCUGAUGAACUGGUUCAGCGUCACAGGAUCUCCUCGGGCCAUUUUACAGGACCUGCUACACCCCCUGUUCCUCGAAGACCUGGUCUUCAUGAUGCGACUCAAGGAGGGAAGUCCAAAUAUCGUAAGCCUGUGAGUGCAAACAGUGAAGAUGCUGGUGUGGUGCCACAGCGUAAUGUGCCCAUGAAUGCUAGGGACUAUGUGGAAAGCUUACACCAAAAUAACAAAGCAACUCUGCUCUACGGCAAGAACAAUGUUCAUGUACAACCUGUAAGUUACCUGCAGUGUUACAUUUCAGUAAAGGUCCGACAAGGAAAUAGGAUAGCAUAUAAAUCAGCAAGCGUGCUGAAAGUGAGCAGAGACUAA